AUGAUACUAGAAGGGGAUAUGAUAGAGGUCAUGGACAAUGGUUCGGAACUUGGGAUUGAAUACUUGCAGCCAUUUUACGAGGAAAUUUUUGAACUUGUUAUGAAAGAGGGGUAUUUAGACCCCAAGGUAGUGAAGUCUGGGGAAAUGAGAUUGGGGUGUCCUUACCAUGGGGGUGCCCCAGACCAUGCAUUAGUUGAUUGUGAAGAGUUUAAAGACGAGGUGGACAAAUUGAUGAGCAUAACCUUGCCUGAGCCAAAUUCAAUCCCACAAUAUGAGAAGCCUACUCUUAGCCCUCCUGUGCUCAAGGAAAAGAUAGAAUAUAUUACCAGGAGCGGAAGAUGCUAUGGCCCAGAGGAAAUUGAAAGGAAGAAUGGAAAAGCAAAGGUAGGAGAGUUGCCAGAAAAUGUUGAAGAAGGGGCCACAGAGGUUGAGAAGGGGGAGGCCAAUGAUGAGAUAGACCCUAUUGGCUUAACGCACACUAAGGCUCUACAUGUGAUAGUUAAAUGCAGAGGAUGUAUUAUAGCAAAAGUUCUGAUUGAUAAUGGGUCUGCACUGAAUGUGCUACCAAGUGCAACUUUGGCCAAGCUCCUAGUGGAGCCAUCUCUAAUACGGAAAAGCAGUAUGACAGUUCAAGCUUUUGACGACACGAAAAGAGAUGUACUAGGAGAUAUUGACCUCCUGCUCCAAAUCAAAGCCUGUACCUUCGAUGUCACCUUCCAGGUGAUGAACAUCGAGCCAGCUUAUACUAUACUGCUAGGGAGGCUGUGGAUCCAUGCAGCCAAUGCUGUUCCUUCUACCCUCCACUAG